CUCGCUCCUACACUUCGAUCGCAUCUCGUCGCUCCUCGAAUUUUAUUUUACGGCGAAAGUCUCUUGAAAUACGAUGACUCCCAAGAUUGGAAUCAAUGGAUUUGGUCGUAUUGGACGUCUGGUAGUUCGAGUUGCAAUCGAAAAAGGUGUGGAGGUUGUUGCCAUCAAUGACCCAUUCAUCGACCUCGAAUACAUGGUGUAUAUGUUUAAAUAUGACAGCACCCAUGGAAAGUUCAAAGGUGAGGUAGGUCACGAUGGAAAGAAGUUGAUCAUCAACGGACACCACAUCUCUGUACACAACAGCAAGGACCCAUCUGCCAUUCCAUGGGGGGCUGAUGGUGCGGAGUAUGUCGUUGAAUCCACCGGGUGCUUCACCACCGUCGAGAAGGCGUCUGCUCACUUGAAAGGUGGCGCCAAGAAGGUGGUCAUAUCCGCCCCAUCUGCCGAUGCCCCCAUGUUCGUUAUGGGGGUGAACGAGGAUGGCUACAAGAAGGAAUAUAAUGUCAUCAGUAAUGCAUCAUGCACCACCAACUGUCUGGCCCCUCUUGCAAAGGUCAUCCACGACAAGUUCACCAUCAUCGAGGGCUUGAUGACCACCAUCCACUCGUACACUGCCACCCAGAAAACCGUUGAUGGGCCUUCCAACAAAGAUUGGAGGGGUGGGAGAACUGCUGCCCAGAACAUCAUCCCUUCAUCUACUGGGGCUGCUAAGGCUGUCGGCAAGGUCAUCCCAGCUUUGAAUGGUAAGUUGACAGGCAUGGCCUUCAGAGUGCCGACCCCCAACGUGUCAGUCGUCGAUCUGACAGCUCGCCUCGAGAAAGCUGCCAAGUACGAUGAGAUCAAGGCCGCGGUGAAGGCAGCCUCAGAGGGUCCCCUGAAGGGAAUCUUGGGUUACACUGAGGACCAGGUGGUCUCGACUGACUUCAACACCUCAAGUUACAGCAGCGUAUUCGAUGCCGGUGCUGGUAUCUCACUCAAUGAUCACUUCGUCAAACUGGUGGCAUGGUAUGAUAAUGAGUACGGUUACAGCAACAGAGUCAUUGACCUCAUCAACUAUGCAUUCAAGGUCGAUCAUGCAUAAAUUAUGCUAGUGUAAUCAAGCCAGCUCAUUAUCAUAAAUUAUGUUAAUGUCGUGGCUAUCGAAUUCGAUUAUUAUAAAUCUGUUGUUUUGCCGUGUCGUUUGAUUGUUGUUUGCUAGACAUAAUUUUUUUUUCAUUAAUUGUUACAUAAUUAUACAUCACUGCUAUAUUAUGAUUAUGUUAAUUAGGGUUGAACGUUGUAAACAAUAUUAUUGUUUUUAAAAUGUGAUUCCGAUGAAUUUCUAUGAUCAGGAGAGAGAUUUUUUUUGAGUGCACAUCGUGUUAUGAAGGCACGCAAUUCUUACCUUUUGGUGUCUAACUCAUUUUUUCAAAUAAUUUUAUUAAGGCGGUUUUCAGUUGCAAAAUCUGUUUUGUUGCUGGAUUUUGAUUGGGAAUUGUUAAAAGUUAAUAAAAAUUUGAAAAAAAACACUCAACAAAACU